UGGUACACUGUUUCAAACCAAUUCGAAAUCUCAUAGAAGAUGACAGGUUUGUUGCCAACUGGUUUCACAGCAAGACCAGAAAUCGGAGACCAGCCUCUACAGUGUAGAGCGUAGUCACUACACUCUCCAUGGUCUCCAUUCCGCGUGCCAUCUCGUGAGCCACUUGCAAACUUUCGAGCUACAGGAACCGAGUCAAACAUGAAGGUUUUCGCCACUGCUGCAGCGCUGCUUGCGUCUCUAUCCGCCCACACCAGCACCGCCGGUUACGUGACGACGUCCGGCACAAACUUCGAGCUGGAUGGUAAACCAUUCUACGUGUUCGGUACCAAUGCGUACUGGGCCUCGGAGAUCACUUGGAGCAAGAAGGACCUGGCCACGAUUUUCAGCACCAUGGCCAAGAACGACCUGACCGUGUGUCGAACCUGGGGCUUUGCCGACCUGAAUCAGACCGGCACGGCACCCUACAACGUCGUGUAUCAGCUGUGGGAGAACGGUAAACCCACCGUCAACACUGGCGACAACGGUCUCGGUUACUUCGACCUGGUGGUCGCGGCGGCCAAGGCUGCCGGUGUCAAGCUGGUCGUUCCGUUCGUCAACAACUGGUCCGACUAUGGUGGCAUCGACGUGUACGUCCAGCAGCGCGGAGGUAAAUACCACGACGACUUCUACACGAACGAGAAGAUCAAGGCUGCAUACAAAAACUUUGUCAAGACGUUCGUGAAGCGCUAUGCUGACGACGAGACUAUCAUGGCUUGGCAACUGUGCAAUGAGUGCCGUUGUGCCGGAUCGGGAACUCUAAAGGAGUCGGGCAACUGUAACGCCACGACUCUUACGGACUGGAUGACUGAGAUGUCUGCGUACAUUAAAUCUCUGGACUCGAACCAUCUCGUAGCGUCUGGAAGCGAGGGCUUCAUGAACACGGAUAAGAGUGUCUACCUGUACUCUGGCCCUUCGGGUGUCGACUUCGACGCUAACUUGGCGAUUGACAGUAUAGAUUACGGUGCUUACCACGCGUACCCAGACUCGUGGGGUGUGUCCACCUCGGAGGCGAAAUCGUGGGGUAUCAAGUGGAUUGAUGACCACGUGGCUUCGGGAAAGAAGGCUGGCAAGCCCGUGAUUCUUGAAGAGUACGGCAUCAAGCCUCUUGACUCGGCCUCCUACUUGGCAUGGAGCGACCAAGUGUACAAGGCCAAGUCCAACAUGCAGUACUGGCAGUUUGGCGUCAAGUCACUCAGCACGCAUGACGACGGCUACGCAAUCUUUGACGAAGACGAACUGUUCUCUACUGUUAUUGCCACUGCCGCCGCCAAAUUCGCGUCUCUUAGUGGCUCAGCGUCGAACUCGAGCACCAGCAAAGGUACCUCGUCCAAUACGGCGUCCAGUGUUGCCGGUGAUGCUAGUUAUGCUACUGACGACAGCUCUAACGAGGAGACCGAAACCACGGAGGCUCCUACGGCGACUACCGCUACGCCCUCGGCGGUGGACGCUUCCUCGGACACCGCGGAAGAAUCGGCUGGUGACUCGGCCACUGGCUCGGGUACCGAGGCUUCGGCUGACACUACGACUCAGGAGUCGGCUACUGGAUCGGACUCCCCUACUGAGACUACCACUGAUGCCCCUGCUGUGACGACUGCUCCGACGAGCGAUAAGUGCGCUAUUCGCAACCGUCGUGCUUAAAGGAGGAAUUUUUGAAUGUUUUGGGGAACAUGGAUGUGUGCGUAAAAUGUAAAUCCACAUUGUUGGGAUGAGUUGUUAACAGCAAAUGUGCUUUCGGUAAAAUGAAUUCAGGG